UUUCUUUUUUAUAAAUAUGCAAAUGGGAAAUUGGACAAUAAUCUUAAAAUUCGGACUAGGACAAAUAAUAAGACGAAACCAAUUGCUGUUUAACAUUAUUGCAAGUGUUGGGAAUGUUCCAAGGCAUCCUUUGACUAUUGCUCAGGUAAAUAAGCAUGUCCUGAGGACACCUUUUUUCUCUUCCAAAACGACAUCGUUUCCCUCCUCUUCUUCAUCCUCACCAUUUCCAUGGCCAAAUCCUGCCCUUUUUGUCACCUUCUAUGAAUGUAUACCCCAUUCUUCUUUUCUUUUUUUGGUCACUUCCAAGAAUGUAUCUUUCCCUAUUUGAUCUGUUUGUUAUACAUAUGUUAUUCCUUUUUGGGGGGGUUUUUGAGUUUAGAGAAAUAUCUAGUGUUUGAAGAAAAAACUGGAAUAAUGAAUUUAAGCUCAUUGGAAUAUUUGAGUUUAGAAAAAAAUAAAAUGUGGAAACCCUAUUAGGUAUUGUGACCAGCUGCCUUUCCUUUUGUUUGGAUAAGAAAGAAAUUAGUGUAUAAAUUGCUUUGUUCCAGCUGCAAAAGGGACCACUGUGGUUUUCAAAUUUUUUUGAUUCGUCAUUUUCCAUGUCUGUCUAGUGUGUUGGUGAAACGAACCUUCCAUGUGAUUGGGGUUGUCUUGGCGUUGCCAAUUCAGAUAUAUGUGUCUCUCUGUGUGUAUAUAUUGUCUUCAAGAUUCGUUUGAAAUUUGUGGAACAUGAGAAGAAGUCUCUAUCUUUUUCGGGUUGUAUGAUAAUGUUGUUUAUUGGCCUAAUUUUGGAUAGCCUUUUUAGCUCAAGUAUUAUAUUUAAAGUGGAAAAGAAGGAAGUGCUCAUUUGAAUGUUUUGGUGUCUUGUGCCCACGUCUAUUGGAAAUCGUCUCUCUACCCUUGAGUAGAGGUACGGCUUGCAUACACUCUGCCCUUCCCAGACCCCACUUUGGGGAAUUACGCUGCAUAGGUUGUUGUUGGUGUAUUGUGCCCAUGUCUUUUGUUUUAUGAGAAAACAGAUUAGCUUUUCCUCGUCUUUAGUUGGUGGAUGGCUGCUAGUAUUUUGAUGUGACGAAACAAGAACAAGUUUGUUGUACUAUGGCUUAGCUUUUUAGUAACUUUGUAACUGUUCCUAAUUUAUGUUUAUGUUAUCAGUUAAAGGAGUAGGAGAGAGGUAGACAACAAAUCUUUGGUUAGCUAUGGAUCAUAUACCGUCAAGGGAAAGUGAUUUUGAGAUAGAUUUGGAGAGUGGGGGAACAACUAGUGAUGAAGAUUAUGGCAGUAGCAACAAUGAUCUGACUGGUGAAACUUCUAAUAAAGAGUUGUAUAAAGUGGGGAGUGGGUUUCGUGGAGUUCAAUCAUGCAAGGGACCUGUAAGGAACCUAGAUGGUUCAAAUAUAUAUAACAAGAUGUUAAGUGCUGAUGAGCUUUCUCUUAGGUGUACAGAGAUUUGGUCAAACAAAGUUAGGGAAGAGAUGAAAAAUUUGGGGGACAACAAAAUGGAUACCGAGAAGACAAGGAAACCAAAGCCUCCUAAACCACCUAGACCCCCAAAAGGUCCAUCACUGGAUGCCUCUGACGUUAAGUUCGUCAAGGAAAUAUCUGAGCUUGCUAUAUGGAAGCGUAGAAGGACCGAAAGAAUUAAGGCUUUGAAUAAAAUUAAAAAGGAGAGUGGAUCAUCUUCGAAGAUGAGUAUAUUAGCAACGGUGAUCACAAUUCUGUUCUUCUUGAUUAUUAUAUUUCAAGGUGUUUUGGGCUCUCGUGUAUGACAUCGGUGUGUAUCUCGCCUUUAAAUUCAUGGGAACUUUACCAUGCAACAACCAACUGCAAGUCAAGAAACCUAGCAUAGAGUUACUUAUCACUUUCGACAAUAAGGAAGCGCGCUCAAUCAUUUUAUUAUCCAUAUUCUGUUUCAGCGUAAAGUGCCUUUAAAGCUGGAAAUACAAUAAAGCUGAGAUGCAUCGAGGGAAAACAAUGAUAGAAGGCACAAGAGAAGCAGAUUUGAUCAUUUAUUAACUGUUCACUUCUUGCACCAAUGCAGAUCAGGGGAUUGUGGAUUUGGAAUGUCGGUGGAACUGACUCGAGUAGAAUCGUUUUGAAUCUUUUGGCAAAUAGUGGCUGCCUGUUGUACAGAAAUGUAACUACUACUACUAUGGAUUUUGAGAGUUCAUGAUAUUUGUAGGUGCUCUUAAGUAGCUAGAACAAGGUAAACCGAUCACAGCCAGGCAUGACUUUGGUGCUGUAACACUCUAGGAAACAAAGUUUAGAAAAGGGGCCAUUGCAGAGCUUCACUUGCAGAAUAGAAUUACUGUAUCUUGAUUUCAGAUAUCCCCUUUCUUAAUGUUAUGUACUGCACCUUUCCUCUAUGUGAUUCAAUUCGACUUUUAAGGUCAAA